UAGUCUUAGUUAAUCUUUACAGGACAUGAAUUGGCAAAUUUUGAAAUUGCUAUAAAUGUCACCUUUCGCCCUAUGUUGUCACUGACCAGGGAGGCACUAAAGAUCAGAACAUGAGAGCCAUCGUUCACAGUGGUGUGAUUGCGGCCCUGCUGCUGUCUGUCGCCUGGGCUGCUCCACAGGGUGAUGGACACGAGGGCCACGACCACGGGCCCCACACAGCCGACCACCACCACCACUACCAUCACGGACCGGACGAGCCUCAUCCACCGCACGAGGGCGAACACCCUAACACCCUAAGCAGAUCCAACGCUGAGUUCGCCUUUGCUCUCUACAAGAAACUGAGUGCCAUGCCCGAGUACCAGUCCAAGAACAUCUUCUUCUCGCCAUUCAGCAUUUCCACAGCUCUGUCCAUGCUGGCCCUUGGAGCUAAGGGUGAAACAUUCUCCCAGCUCUAUGACGCGCUUGGCUACGCUGGUAUGACCCCUGAGUCAGUCAACGGAGUCUAUGAGCAUAUCUUGCAUAUGCUGGACCACAACGAAGAUUUCAUGCAGCUUGAUGUCAGCAAUGGUCUUGCAGUGAUGGAUGGGGCCAAGCUUGUCGAUAAGUUUCUGACAGAUGCCAAGCACUAUUACGAUAGUGAGGCCUUCUCAGUCGAUUUCUCCAAACCAGAUGUCGCCAAGGAAGAGAUCAACAAGUACAUUGCGAAACACACCAACAACACCAUCACUGACAUGGUGAAGGAGGUCGAUCCUGCCACCCUUGUCAUGCUCAUUAACUGUGUUUACUUUAAAGGGGAAUGGAUGGAAUAUUUUGACAAGACUGAAAAGGGUGACUUCCAAGUGGACGAGAACACAAAAGUGAGCGUGGACAUGAUGCAAAAUAAGGGUUUCUACGGGUUGUAUGAGGACAAGGAGAACUUCACCACAGUGCUAAGGCUUCCCUACAAGGGCAGUGCGUCCAUGGUCAUCGUGCUGCCUGAUGAGGGCAAGAUGAAAGAGGUCGAGGACACAAUCUCCAGAAAUCUUUUCAAACACUGGCUAGACACAAUGGAGUCAAGAUCUGUGGAAGUUGAGAUGCCAAAAUACAAAAUCUCUGGCACGUAUUCCCUAAAGGAAACAUUGCAGGCGAUGGGUGUUGUCAGUGCUUUCUCUGAUAAUGCAGACUUGUCUGGGAUAACAGAUGAGAAAGUGGGAGUAUCCAAGGUGGAGCAUAAGGCUGUCCUCAAUGUGGAUGAGAGAGGUACAGAGGCUGCUGCCGCCACCACAGUGGAGAUUAUGCUGACCUCAGUACUGCUACCUACAGAGCCAAAGGUGGUUAAAAUCGACAGGCCUUUCUUCGUCUUCAUUGCAGAUUAUACGACCAAAACUAUUCUGUUCAUGGGCAAGAUUGUAAACCCUGAGCUGUAACUAAACUUUACCUGAGAAUAUAUAUAUAUAUCGUAUGUGUAUGAUGUUCUUUGCUGCAUGAAAUAAAGAAAUAAAAUGUAUAUUUUUUCAAAAUAUAUUGGGCAAUAAACAUUACAUGGUGCACAUGGAAAUACAAA